GGGUCUACGUUCGAGGCGUAUGCUUCUCCGCAUACAUACUCCAUGGGCAGAGAUCCUUGAUUAAGGAAGGGGUUUGCAUCGUCAUAUAAGGCUGAUGUCGGCCCUUUCGAAGGAAUAGGGAUGCAGCGUGCAGGCUUCUGAAAGCUCCUGGUAACAGCACCUUCCUGAAUCCUGAAAUUCUCCGUCGAGAUGGUGCUCUUCAAGUUGCCUACGUUGGUUGGCACCCUUGCCUGUGCAGCUUCCCUGGUUGCUGCUAUUGAUAUCUCUGUAAGCUCGACUGGUGGUAAUGCUACGAAUGGUCACCAGUAUGGUUUCUUACAUGAGGACAUCAAUAACUCAGGAGACGGAGGCCUCUACGCUGAAUUGAUCCGCAACCGAGCUUUCCAAAUCAGCGAACGCUAUCCUGCUACGUUAGAUGGAUGGCACUCAGUCGACGGCGCUAAGCUAUUACUCAAGAACCUCAGUGAACCGUUGUCCGAUGUAUUAAUCACAUCCUUAAACGUCGCUGCCACAAACAAGCAAGGCCAAGUCGGAUUCCGAAACGACGGGUACUGGGGUAUAAACGUGAAGGCGCGCCAGAAGUACACCGGUUCGUUCUGGGUCAAGGGCAACUAUUCGGGUAAAUUUACUGCUUCGCUGCAGUCCAACAUCACCGGUGAAACAUUUGGAUCGGUGAAGGUCAAGUCCCGUGCUACCUCUGAUGAAUGGGUUGAGCAUGAUUUCGAGUUGACGCCGUCGAAAAACGCUCCUAAUGCUAAUAAUACUUUCGCUAUUACGUUUGAUGCUUCGAGUGUAGGCAAUGGCUCGCUUGACUUCAACUUGAUUAGUCUGUUUCCCCCUACGUAUAAGGGUCGAAAGAACGGUAUGCGUGUUGAUAUUGCUGAAGCGUUAGAAGGAUUUCAUCCGACCCUUUUCCGUAUUCCGGGAGGCAACAUGCUCGAAGGAUUGACGAAUAGGACCUGGUGGGACUGGAAGAACACACUUGGUCCCCUAAAGGAUCGACCUGGCUUCACCGGCGUAUGGGGUUAUCAGCAAACUAAUGGUCUGGGUUUAUACGAAUACCUACAGUUCGCUGAAGAUCUCGGUACGACCGUUGUUUUGGCUGUCUACGACGGCCUUUCUCUCAAUGGGGAUAUCACGCCAGAAGAUCAAUUGCAGAAAUUCAUCGACGGCGCUCUAGACCAAAUUGAAUUCGUUCGAGGGCCAGUAGAUUCGAAAUGGGGUUCUGUCCGCGCCGAGUUGGGUCAUCCCGAGCCGUGGAAGCUCGAGUACGUGGAGGUUGGCAACGAGGACUGGCUCUCGGGUGCACCCGAGGGGUGGGACACGUUCAAGGAAUAUCGGUUCCCGAAGUUCCUUAGCGCAAUUAAUGAGGCAUAUCCUGAUAUCCAGGUCAUAUCCUCAGGAUCGAACUAUGAUGGUUAUAAUAUCCCCAAGCCUGCAGGUGGCGACUAUCAUGUUUAUGCCGAACCAGAUACUCUUGUUUCUGAGUUCAACAAGUUUGAUAACAUCACGACGCCGCAUAUUGUUGGUGAGAUGGCUGCUAUUCAUCCUAAUGGCGGCACUGGCUGGGAUGGUCCUCAGCAACCAUUUCCGUGGUGGGGAGGUGCUGUCGGUGAGGCCGUAUCGCUCAUUGGGUAUGAACGCAACUCGGACAGAAUCAUUGGUGCAGCAUAUGCACCAAUUAUUCGAAACAUGAACCGCUGGCAGUGGGCGAUAACCAUGAUACAAUUCACCGCUGACACGGUUACACGAUCGACGUCUUGGUACGUCUGGGAACUAUUCGCGGCGCACACCCUAACAGACACACUUCCAGCUACUUCGGACUUUGACCCUCUGUACUAUGUAGCCGGUAAGAAUGCCAAUACAGGUGGAUACAUAUUCAAGGCGGCGGUUUACAACUCGACGGAUGGUGCCGACGUCCCCGUCAAGCUAUCCUUUGAGGGGAUCAAGGCUGGAACAACUGGCGAAUUGACUAUUCUAACGGGACCUGAAAACCCGUACGGUAUUAACAGCCCGUAUACCGGUGUGAAUGUUGUCAAGACGAGCAAAACGACGAUCAAGUCCGAUAAGAAGGGUACCUUUCAAUUUGCGUUACCCAAUUUGAGCGUGGCUGUUUUGGAUACGAGCCCACCGAAAUAUCGUCGUUGGAAUAGAGCGGUUGAGUGAAAGAUCAAUUCCAUACAAUA